AUUAAAUAAAAUCUUAUCAUCUUCCAUUAAUAAACUAUUGACUCUUAAUUUCCCUACAAAGACCAAUAAUUAAUGAGUUAAGAGACUUCAUUUGCGAAGCAUAUUAAAAAAACAAAAUCAAAGAAUGUGAGGGGUUGAAACUUCAAAGCAUACAUGAGACCUUUGGUGACCUUUUUAUAUACAAAUGUACAUUAUUAGUAUGCCUCUAAUCUCCUAUAUAUAUACAUAAGAAAGAAAUGAGUUCAAAUUCAUUAGCUUGUGAGCAUUCAAGAAAGAAAAAAAAGAAAUGCCAAUAUUGAUAGUAACCACAAACCACAAUGCCGACGAAGCCACCGUCGACAAGUUCACGAAACAAGCCGUGGCAACGAUGUCGGCCAUCCUCAAAAAACCAGAACAGAUUUUCAUGGUCGGCGUGAACAAAGGCGCCAGGAUGGUGUUCGAAUGCAACGGGGACCCGACCUUGUACGCCGAGUUCGUGGGCCAGGGUGACGUCAUGGACGGCAACGUGAAGAAGCGACUCAUUACGUCUUUGAGCGCCGUCGUCGAGGGCAAUUUCGGAAUUCCGAACACUAGGACUUUCAUUAAGGUUUAUGACACUGUUUGGGGUAAGAAGAUUAUGAACUCUAAAUUGUAGUAGACACAAGUUAUAAAAUAUAUGUUGUAUGGACUCUUUAAAUGAGUGUUUUGUUGUUCUUCUCAUAUCAUAUUUGUCUCAUUAUGAGUUCAUGUCUCUGCUUGGGUAUGAUUGUUAUUUGGAUGGUCUUAUUUUUAAAUUUUUAAUAAUAAUAUUAAAUUUUU